GCUAAAAUAGGUGUGGCCGUGAGAAAAAACAACAUGUUGCCGUAUUUCGGAUAGGAGGUGCAGUACCAACCCACAUCAGGCGGGGGCGUAAGAAGGAGAGUUCGUGCGGGCCCACCGUUUGGGCGGGCCCGCCACAGCAUCCAAAAUUUUCAUAUAAACACGUGACGAACUAAGAAAACAUGGAGCAGUUUGAAUCGCUGCUAACGUGUUGCGUCUGUUUGGACCGCUACCGAAAUCCUAAGCUGCUGCCAUGCCAGCACAGCUUCUGUAUGGAACCGUGCAUGGACGGCCUUGUCGACUACGUCAGGCGACAGGUCAAAUGUCCAGAAUGCCGUGCAGAACAUCGAAUCCCUUACCAAGGGGUAUCGGGAUUCCCGACAAAUGUAACUCUUCAGCGGUUUCUAGAGCUGCACGCUCAAAUUGCUGGAGAACUCCCAGAUCCUACCGCUGGGCAGGUUAUGGAGAGAUGUAAUGUUUGCUCAGAAAAAGCCUACUGCGCUCUAUGUGCCCACUGCGACAAAAAAGUUUGCGAUGACUGCAAAGCUGCCCAUAUGGAAGUUCUCCGUAGAGAAAUCGCCAGAAUCAAUAACCAAAUCCGCCGUGGUGUAAACCGAAUUCAAGAUAUCUUGGGAAUCGUAGAACGCAACACCCAAAACCUUCAAACAAACUGUGCUGCAGUAGCAGGAGAAGUAGAUGAAAUCAACAAACGUCUAGCAAAGGCUCUUAAAGAUAGAACUGACUUCUUAAGAAACGAAGUAGACCGUUAUUUAGCCACUGAACUUAGAAACCUAACCCAUCUAAAAGAUAAUUUAGAGUUAGAGUUAAGUAAUAUACAAAGCAAUUGUGAUCUCGCCGAUAAAUAUAUGAAUGACGAUAUUGAAUGGGACGACACGGAGUUAGUAGACACCAAAGAAAUAUUCCUUAAGACAGUUGAGUUCUUAAGAAACUUUGACUAUGAAGCUGGUGAUUAUAAUCGCAGAAUAAGGUUCAUUAUGACCCAUGAUCCUAAUCAGCUGGUGCUACAUGUUGCCAGUUAUGGAGAGUUAAACAUCACUCAACCAGGAGCAUAUGGAAGUGUCAUGCCGCAAAGCCAAGGUCUGACAAGGUCAAAAAGCGACCAUCGAUUGGCAACGCAGUUUCGUCAGCAAGAAGAAGCAAAGGGAUAUUACGAGAACGAUGAACCUCUAUUAGGUGGUCGUAAAUUCGGUGAACCAAAACCGCCACCUCCCGAAAGAACUAGGGAUUAUGGUGCUACCGAUGACUAUAGCGGAUACGAGUCUGAACAUAGACCAUCUCGUAGAUUCAGAUCUCGCUUUGUAAGAAGCCAUCAGCAGGACGAUUCUGAUUCAGAACAAACUAGUCACGUAGUCAAAGAGGAAAAGAAGGAAAAACCAAAGGUUACUGACACUGAAGACGCAACUCGAGGCCCUCUCAGCGGAAUCUUCAGACUGAGUGACUGCCCGCGUGUAAUGCAAAGGAUAUUAGAUGCGGAUAGUGGAAAAAAAAAGGAGAAGAAAGAAGCACCACCACCACCUCCGCCGAAGCCAGUCCAGCCAGCGCCACAACCACAGCGCCGUCCUCCAGCACCAGCGCAGAGGCAACAAAGCGAAGAUGAUGAGAUCUCAAGACUCAAAAGACAAAACAAAGGUGCAGCCUCUUCUCAGGAACCAGACAGAUCAGCACCACGACCUGCAGAAGAGGAUCGAAGCUCAAUAACCCGUAAACCACCGACACCCGCUCGGGAGGAAUCCAGCGGCGAAUCCGAUGAUGAAUCUGUUUCUGUGCAACGGUCGCGCAAUGAACGUAAACCAGCCGCUCCAGCACCUAAGCCGGCGGUUACUACUCCGAGAAGACCGUCAGCGACGGAAGUAGUCACGCCACAUCGACCGGCAGCCCGUGCGCCAAGCACUGAAUCUAGCGCAUCCACUGAAAGCUCCGGCUCGGCGGUGAAACACACAGGUGCGAUUCUCACCAUCGCAGAAUUGAAAGCCAAAUACAAUCCAGGCCUUCCACCAAAACCUGCAACUCGUUUCUUGUCCACAGGCAACGACAGACCAGCACCGGUCACAACGAACGGUACAGCUGGCGGCGCACAAAGGGUGCAAAGCCGUUUUGUCGGCACUCAGCGGCCAACGCCCGCCCCGGCGCCCGCCGAGCCGGCACGGGAAGACUCCGACAGUAGUUCCGAAGAGGAAACUGACUCUUCUGAAGAGAGCGAAGAGGAGCCUGCCACGCAAAGAAAGCCCGAGAGCCAGGCGAUGGCUCGCAGCGAUAUAGGCCCAUUACUCGCACGCAGUUCCAAUGCUCGCAAUGACGCUCAUGAUACUAAGAAAGAAACACCUUCGCAAUCACGAUACCGCUCAAGACAAUCGUCUCAGACUGAAGAAGAAGAAAAACCUACGUCUCGGUACGGCUCUGGUGGCUCUUCGUACAGUAGCAAUCGUUACGGUAGCAAACCAAGAGAUGAAGAAACUACAUCUUCUUUAGAUGAUGAUUCGAAGUAUCCCACAGCUCGAUCAAGAUACCUCGCUUUGAAAGAGCGACGCAACCGCCUUGCUAGAAGCAAAAGUAGUCAUACUGGUUUUGGUGCAGGGGACGACGAUGAUCUUGAUGAACCGGUAUCUCCUACUACAGCGUCACCUUCCGCGUACCUUGCGGCUCGAUAUGGCUCCGGAACCGGAGGGUCGGAGUUAUCUCGUAGCCGAUCUUCUCAUGCGUUAAAAUCUCGAGAAAGCUCACCUGAACGAGUCGCAGCUAGCGGCGAGAAAGAUGGAGCAGCCUUGAGUUCUUGGGCUAGGUAUUUGAAGAGUAAAUAUGGAUCACGGGGCAAAGAUCGCGAUACAAGCAGCACGUCGUCGAGCACGUCGCGUCGCCUGUCUCUCGGGCUGCCCUUGCGUUCAGCUAACGAGCUUGCCAGUUCUGAUGACGAUUCAAAAAACGCGGCAGGCUCCCCCAUCUCCCCUACGGCGGCUACAGCAGCGGUAGCAGGUUUCGCAGCAGCAGGUUCCUCCCCUAGGAGCCAAUAUCUGCAGAAACGCCGUUUACAAUUCAGCGUGGGGAGUCGGGGGAGCGAACCCGGCUGUUUUACAUGGCCUCGUGGCAUCGCUGUUGGUCCCGACAAUACUAUGGUCGUGGCUGAUUCAUCUAAUCACAGAGUUCAGGUGUUUGACUCAAAUGGCAUAUUCAUAAAGGAGUUCGGCCAAUAUGGUAGUGGUGAAGGCGAGUUUGACUGUCUCGCUGGCGUCGCCGUCAACCGCAUUGGCCAGUACAUCAUUGCCGAUAGAUACAAUCAUCGGAUUCAAGUCUUCGAUCCUUCUGGAAGAUUCCUCCGAGCAUUCGGCAGUCAGGGAACAGGGGACGGAAAGUUUAAUUACCCGUGGGGCAUUACCACUGACGCUCUGGGCUUCAUCUACGUCUGUGACAAGGAAAACCAUAGAGUUCAGGUAUUCCAAUCGGAUGGAACAUUCGUGGGUAAAUUCGGCUCUUUCGGGUCCAAAAUGGGACAACUGGAGCACCCACACUACAUCGCAGUCUCCAGCACCAACAGAGUGCUGGUCUCUGACUCCAACAAUCACAGGAUUCAGGUCUUCGAUGUCAAUGGACGAGUGUUGUCUUCGUUCGGAGAAGAAGGAUCUGAAGACGGACAAUUUAAAUUCCCGAGGGGUGUAGCAGUAGACGAUCAAGGCUAUAUCGUGGUUGCUGACUCCGGUAACAACAGGAUCCAGAUCUUCCAUCCAGAUGGCACGUUCCUCAGGGCCUUCGGGUCCUGGGGUAGUGGAGACGGAGAGUUCAAGGGCCUGGAAGGCAUUGCUGUUAUGUCUGGAGGAAAUAUUAUAGUUUGUGAUCGAGAGAACCAUAGGGUUCAAGUUUUUUAAGAGCAAACCCUUCACUCAACAAAUAUUGCCUGUAUAUCAAGUAUAAAAACACCAUUUUUGUUAAAAAAAGAACGAUUUGAAAAGCUCCUUAAUUCUUCGUAAAUAAAUAUAAGCUUUCAACCUUUUUCUUUUUUACAAACGAGCUUCAAACCUUAUCUUCUGUAGCACUAAAAUAAAAAAGAGCUGUUUGAGAAUAUUCAAUCAAUUUCAAUGCAUGAACCACAGUCGCAAAGAUUUCGAAAAAAUGUCACGGUAAAAGUUAGAAAAUAAAAAUUUAUCGAAUGGUCUAUUUCAUCACUGUCACACCUUAUCGCGGAAGACAAAUGGAGUUGUGAUCAAUGGAAUGAUUUCGCCGUGACAGGAGGCUUACCCUCUCAUUCUUACGCUAAGUCGCUUCUAAUAAGUCCAGCUAUAUAAUGUGACUUGUUCGACACGAAAUUUGUGAACGACGGUUUUGUUUAAAAAUAAUUGGCCUGAAUUUUUGUCGCGAUUUUGAGAAUAAAUAUAUAUAUAUAUAUGUACUCACGGCUUUGAAAGCUAUGGUAGCCUAAUGGUUUAACCUACUGUUUCUCUAGCAAAGGCCGUGGGUGAAAUUUAAUUUUGCAUUUCAAAACCUGUGAAGUCGCCUUCAUUUUGCCAGUGUGGCACACUAUGGCUUAAACCCUCGCCUGAGAGGAGGCCCAUGCCCAACAAUGGGAUAUAUAAAUGGGUUGAUGAUGAUGGUGACUGACAUCUUAGAUUCUCAUUGGAGUAGUCAGAAAUGAUAGAUCACCAAUUUUCCCGUUUCUGACAAACCUCUCUUGCUGCUGUUGCUUUACUUACAUUUAUAAUUAUUUUAAUACAAGUCCUCCUAUUCUUCUUACUCCGCAUUUCAGCAUUUUUAAGAAUAUUCUUUAAGCUUGUCUAGUCAUACCAAACUCUGACAAGGCGUAUAAACUUUUCCUUUGCUAAUCGUGGGAACCAAAUGUCCAAAUAUAAUUUUCAAAUUUUUUUCACAUUUACAAAAAUAUAUUUAGAAAUCUCAGAACGAUUUCUGGACGCUGAAGAGUGCAAUUAACUAGUGUACAAUAGAAUUCUUUCUAAAGUCUCCGAGAGCGUAAUAAAAGAGUAAAAUUUAAAGUGCUCUAUAAAACGUCUUUCUCUCAGCGAUUUGUCUGUCGUCGUCGUACACAGCAUGCUUAUCUCCAGUUUUAUGUUCUCAGGCGUUCAUAAUAUAACUGGAAUAAUAAUUUCCGAGCUAUCUUAAAAAAAUACGUAUAUUUUUCUGCGAAUGCAAAUGAUUAAUUUAUCAUCUCUGGCCAAACGUUUGACGGCACAAAUUGUUUUGGAAUUUAUUCUUAUUGUCCAAUUUGAAACUUUGUAAACAACAUGAUGUUUAAAUUUUGCAUUUAUGUUUUAUGAAGUGAACAAUGUAAUACGUAAAUACAAUAGAGUUAAAUUUUUUGUUAGAGAAAAUUUUAAAUAUCUUAUUACGUCGAUCGGCAAAAUAUCUUUACGAUGAAAAACAUCUGUAAUUACGACAAAAGAGAAUACCACAGCAAAGCAUUUGAACAAUCUAUAUUGGAAAUUUUCGAGUUUCCUUAUCAAUUUCUUCUCGAAUUUUCACCUUUUGCUUGUUUUAAAUAGAAUGAAAUUAUAAUGGAAAAAAUUAUUAAACGAUGUUUUGAAUUAACCUAUAGGACAAAGGAUUCAAUACGGUUUUCAAUUACCUUUUUUCAUUUCUAUCAGUUAAUAUUUAAAAGAGUAUCAAAAUCUAACAUGAUGACCUUUUUCAUUGCAAAUUGCCUUGUUUGACUUUAUUAUUACAAUAGUAAUUUUGUUUUUCUACUCUUUUAAAUUUAAGCUCAUGAGAUAUUUUAUCUAUCUAUAUAUUUAUAUUACAUCUAUCUAAUACAAGCUCACAAUCUAGAGUUAAUUGUUCAACUCUUCUGUACCGAGGUCUUCCAUACUCGUCCACGAUAAGCAUUAAUUCAAAAUAAAAUGUUAUCUUAGGUUAAUAAAAACUUUAGAGUAGUCAUUCAACUUUUUUUUUAUGAUAACAAGUCGUGCGACUGUAAACGACUUGACUAUCCAGUUUUCAGUUGAAGUGCCACAAGUGAGCUUUAAAUUGCAAAGAUCUGAAAUGCACUGUCACUGUUCCCGUUACUACAAUAAAUUGAUUGUACCUGUGACUUCACCAGCACCUACCGGAAGGCAGUAAUGCUCAAAUUGCAGCUUGGCAGCAAAAAUAGGCAUGAUAGCAGAUGAACUCUUUCAAAAGAAGAUCUACUGCUACUAGACUGUAUUUUAUUUCCUAUAUUAAAACAGUUUUUAUUAUUUUUAGGUUUACUUCUUAACUUUUUUUCAUAGUGCUGCGUCCCCACGUCAUCUUUUGUUCAUUCGUAGUGAACGAGCAGUAGCUUAAAUGUGACGUUUUCAAGUGUAAAUUUAUUUUACCUAUGGAAUAAAUGAUAUUUGACCUUGACUUUGACUUUCAUAGUUGCUAUUUAUAUUACGCACUCUGUAAUAUUUUGUGAUAUAACUACUCUAUAGUUUUCUUAAUCUAAGAAUAUAUAUAAACGUAGAAUUAAGUACAACUUACUCUAUACAUGUACUUGAAUUAGUGCUGCAAUAAUGAUAUCUAGUCACUGUAUUUACUUACUAUACUUAAACGGUAAUGAAGAAAGAUUUUUUCAAAAUAAUUAAUGUCAAAACUUCUUGCGAAUAUUUCAAUGUUACUUAUUAGGUUUUUAUUUAACUAUGAAAUAGAACUUUACACCAAAAGAAAAUUAUGACAAAAUAAUUUAGUCAAACAUAUAAUAAAUAUUGUUGUGAAUUGUGUAAAAACGAAUCAUUAAAAUAAUAUUGU